UUGGCUGAACGCAGUUGUUGCUGGUGCGUUUUUAUGAAAUUUACUAGCGCUCAUAUAAUUGAGAAUUUGUGCAGUGUAAAAUAAACAACCGUGAAUUUCCUGGCGGGAAGACAGUGUGAGGAACAAGUCCAGGAUGAGUGACCCAGACUUUGAGGAGCAGCUUCGCCAGGAGCAGCUGGAGAAGGAGAAGAAUGACGUGGACCGAGGGACAUACACGGAUCAGGAUGGAACCGUGAUGGAGUGGGAUGCACAGAAGAAGGCAUGGUUUCCCAAGAUUGAUGCUGACUUCAUUGCCCAGUAUCAACUGAAUUAUGGGGGACCACCCACUGAGAAUGCAGAGGAUGGAAAGAAGGAUGAUGAUGGGAAGACAGAAGAAGAAAAGAGGAAGGAAUAUGAGAAAUAUUGUCAGGACUACCAUAAUUACUACUCCCACUAUUACAACCAACAAAGUGGGGAGAACGGCAACGAUGGUGAGGAGCGAAAAGAAGGGGGAUCAAGUGAUGGCCAAGGGGGAGACAACACUUCCAAGGGAGAGAACUCUAAGGAUCCAACCAAUCACUAUGAUGACUAUUUUGAAUAUUAUAAGUAUUACUAUGGAGAAGAUUAUGACCAGGGAGAGAGUGGAGAAGGAGAGAAGGAAGACGAAAAAGGGGAAGAAAAGAAGGAAUCAGAGACAGAAAAACAAAAGGCAGGAGAGAAGAGAAAAGAAGGCUGGUUUGAGCAUGACAGUGAGAGGAGUGCACAUGUGUACGUAUCCAACCUGCCGCUGGACAUCACGGACGAGGAGUACAAGGAACUGAUGAGCAAGUGUGGACUCAUCAUGCACGACCCCAUCACCAGGAAACCCAAGCUGAAGCUGUACCGGGAUCAGAACAAGGACCCAAAGGGGGAUGGGCUCUGCUGCUACAUCAAGCAAGAGUCCGUUCAGCUUGCCCUAAACAUCCUGGACGGGUCUGACGUCCGAGGUCAUAAGAUAUCAGUGGAGAGGGCCCAGUUUCAGAUGAAGGGACAAUAUGACCCAUCCAAGAAGAGGAGGAAGCUCACCAAUAAAGACAAACGAAAAAUGAAAGAAAAGCAGGAAAAGUUGUUUGACUGGACACCUCAGCAAGAAGAGGGGAGGUUGAAGUGUGAAAAGACUGUCAUCCUGAAAAAUAUGUUUGAUCCUAAAGAGUUUGAGGAAAAUCCCAUGGUGAUUAAUGAACUGCGGGAUGAUGUCAGGACAGAGGUUGCCAAGUUCGGGGAGGUCAAGAAAGUCACCGUGUACGAUCGAAACACUGACGGAGUGAUCACUGUGAGGUACAAGGAGGCAGAGGAGGCAGAUAAGUGUAUCGCUGGACUAAAUGGCCGCUGGUUUGCCCAGCAAAGAAUCAUUGCAAGUGCCUGGGAUGGAGUCACAAAGUAUGAAGUCGAGGAAACGGAAGAAGAAAGGAUUGCAAGAAUAAAAAAGUGGGAAGGUUUCUUAGAGAAAGGUUCUUCUGCCAGCUCUUCCGGGGCUUCUUCCUCAGUCACAUCAGAUUCUGCAGCUGCAUCAGCAGUUGCCAUGGAUACAUCACCAGUCUCUGCUGUGACAUCAUCAGUUCCUGCCGUUACAUCAUCAGUUCCUGCUGCAACAUCACCAGUUUCUGCUGUCCCAACAUCAGAAUCUGUGGAAAAGUCUGAGUCUGUAGCAGAGACCACUACUGAAGACAGUGAGGAGAAUGUUGAGGAUGCAGGGGGUGAGGGAAACAUUGAGGGUGGGGGCAAUAAGAAGGAAAAGGAGGAGGUUAAGGAGGCAAAGAAGGAUGAAGGAGAAAUAAAGGAGACAGAAUGCGACACUGUGAAGACCAGUAGCUGAUAGAUACUGGAGGACUUCUGGAAUGAAAAUUAUGAUCUACGGUACUAAAUGGAAUGAUAAAUCUGAACAUAUUGUUAUGUUUGACUUGUUACAGUGUACAAACUAUGAUAUUUGCCACUGGUAAAUAGGAUGUAUUUUUAGGUAAACCACAAUCUCCCAGGCAGUUGUUGUGGCGACUCCUCACCUGUGUGGGCUAUAUUUGUGAAUGGUUAUCCUUGAGGAACUGAGGAACAGUCCAACAUUAGACUUGGAGAAAUCACAUAAUCAGCCAUAACAGCAAUUUCAAUUGAUUUAAAAUUAUGAAUACUUAACAAUGACUACUAGUCCAACAAAUGCUUUCCUAGGCUGUUGUCCAUUAGCCUAGAAUCACUUAAUUGCCAUUACUUUCCAGAUGUAAAAUUCAGGGGUGGAAAUAACUUUAAAAUUGCUAGUGUACUCCGGAACAGUGGCACAUGUAAAAUCACUUGCCCUGAUAAUUUUUCCA